AUUUUAUUGUUAUUUAUUUCCUUCUAAAUAUAUACACACAACAACACACAUAGUGCUUUCAACAAUUCGCAAGCACAUAUCCCUGAUCCCUCAUCACCUCUUCUUCAUCCCCUCUCCGUGGUUGCCCUCCACUUCUCUCCCUUUCUUUCUGUAGGUGGGUUUUUUGUAUGACCGUUUUCUUUUUCAAUUAGGAGGACCCAUUUCUGUUUUGGUCACUGUUCUGAUCUGGGGUGCGCUAAAGUUUGAAUCUUGUUGCUCAAAAGCUGCAUCUUUGGGUUGAAUCUGAACUGCUGUUGGUUGAAUCUCGAGUUUUGAGGUGGGUUUGGGUAAUUUGUUGUCGUAUUCGUUUUUAACUGUCAAUGGGCGUUUUAGAUGAAUGUCAUUACAACGUGGGAAUAGAGAAUGGAGUGAGUGUUGGGUCUGUGGCCAUUGAGGAUGCUGUGAGAGUGUUGUUGCUGGGCUUGGGUGAGGAUAUCAAUCGCGAAGGUCUUCGUAAGACGCCUCUUCGUGUGGCCAAGGCCCUCAUAGAUGGGACUCGAGGCUAUCAUCAGAAUGUGAAAGACAUUGUCAGCGGCGCUUUAUUUCCUGAGUCUGGGUUGGAAAGCAGUGUUGGUUCUGCUGGCGGAGCAGGCGGGCUUGUCAUUGUACGGGAUCUUGAUCUCUUCUCGUAUUGCGAGUCUUGCUUGCUUCCUUUCCAGGUCAAGUGUCACGUUGGUUACAUCCCAUCUGGCCACCGUGUUGUGGGGCUGAGCAAGCUUUCUCGGGUUGCUGAAGUCUUCGCCAAGCGCCUUCAAGAUCCACAGCGACUGGCCAAUGAAAUCUGCGCAGCUCUGCAGCACAGUAUCAAGCCAACGGGCGUUGCUGUCGUUCUCCAGUGCUCCCACAUCCAUUUCCCGAACUUCCAGACCGCCCUAUUCGACCCCAAUCACCAAGGAUGUGUGAAGUUAUCAGUUAUGUCAGGAUCAGGAGCGUUUGACGAUGAGAAGGCCGGUAUCUGGACCGAUUUCCUUGGCCUUCUCAGAUUCAGAGGCCUAACUGCAGAUGAUGCCCAUUCCAGAGGCUCGCUCGAAAAUUCCUGGUGCCCUUCUCGAACCAUCUGCAAGAUGGCUGCAUCAGACCCGUCUCUGCUCGCCGCAGUUUCCUCAAUCCUGUAUGCCCUGGGCGAGGACCCGUUGAGAGAGGAUCUGGUGGACACCCCGGCUCGAUUCAUCAACUGGCUGAUGAACUUCAAGAACUCAAAUGUGGACAUGAAGCUCAAUGGGUUCGUACGCGGUAGCAAGAGGGAAACGUCUCUAACACCGCCCAGAGAUUUCAGCCACAUCUGCUCCGAGCUGAACCUGCCAUUCUGGUCACAAUGCGAGCACCAUCUGCUCCCGUUCCACGGCGUUGUGCACAUAGGUUAUUACAGCUCGAGCCGCAUCAUCAGCAACGUGGGGAAAUCGCUUCUGCAGUCAGUGGUGCAGUUCUAUGGGUUCAAACUGCAGGUGCAGGAGAGGCUAACCAGACAGGUGGCCGAGGUAGCUUCUUCGAUCUUAGGCGAAGACGUGAUCGUGGUCGUUGAAGCUAGUCAUACUUGUAUGAUAUCUCGAGGGAUCGAGAAGCUAGGAAGCAGCACUGCCACCAUUGCUGUACUUGGUCGAUUCUCCACUGAUCCAACAGCGAGGGCCAAAUUUUUGCAGAUAAUUCCGAGUUCAGCUUGAUGGUGUUCUUGAUUUGCAUUAGAAAAGUGUUUUUAGUCUAUAUACCAUUUUUCCAUUUUUCUUGAGAGCAGUUCUCCCUCUCUCUCUCUCUAAGCAAUCUGUAUCUCUCUUUACUCCCAGCCUGUAGCAAGAAUUUGCCUGCUAAAAUGUUUUGACAUGCCUCUGGUUAAUGAAAUUUUUGUUUUUCUUA